UGUUGCAUUGUUUUGCUUUGUGCUUUUGCACCACCCGGUGCCCCGGUGAGGAGCCGCGUUCGGCAUCCGCCGCUUUGCGAUGAGGCCGUGCCCAGGCAUGGCUGCGGCUGAGCCUGAUCCCGCGGCAGCUCGGGCUGCUCGGCCAUGUCCUCUGCAGCGCUCCGAGCAGUAAUCUCCGUAAUCCUGGGACAUCUGGCCAUACUCUCCCUAAUCUUCUUCAUGAGGUUUUAACUCUUGCAGAACCUGGCAGCGGUUGGCAGAGAAACUGUUCUGCUAUCAGUGUUCUAGAUUGCUGCAGAAGUGUCUUUGAGAUCGUCUUUGAAAAUUUGAAUGAACGUAGUCUGCAAUUUCUUCUCCCAGGUUUCAAUAGAAGCUUGUCUCUGAAAGACUGGAAAGAAAUAAAGGAUGACUACUUUGGAUGAUAAAGUGCUUGGUGAGAAGCUCCAGUAUUACUACAGCAGUAGUGAGGGUGAGGAUGAAGACAGUGAGAAAGAAGAUAAAGAAGGGGAAAGCACCAUUCCUGAAAGCGUUGGGGAAGUAGAGCUUAGCAGCGACGGCAGUGCAGUUAACACAGGCCCCAAGGGAGUCAUUAAUGACUGGCGGAGAUUUAAGCAACUGGAAACCGAACAGCGGCAGGAGCAGCGCAGAGAAAUGGAACGGCUCAUUAAAAAGUUAUCUAUGACGUGUAGAUCUCACUUGGAUGAAGAGGCUGAGAAGCAUAAACAGAAAGAGCUUCAGGAAAAAAUCAACGGAAAGAUGACAUUACAAGAAUACAACAUGAUUCACAACGAUGAAGACGAUGAGGAGUUUUUGCAGCGGUACAGGAAGCAGCGGAUGGAGGAGAUGAGACAGCAGUUGUACAGCGGGCAGCAGUUCAAACAGGUCUUUGAGAUUACCAGUGGAGAAGCAUUUCUGGACACCGUUGAUAAAGAGCAUAAGAGCACACUGAUCAUGAUCCAUAUUUAUGAAGAUGAUAUUCCUGGCACCGAGUCCUUGAAUGGCUGCAUGAUCUGUCUGGCUGCUGAGUACCCAACAGUUAAGUUUUGCAGAGUCAAGAGUUCUCUCAUCGGUGCCAGCGCUCGCUUCACUAACAACGCCCUGCCAGCCUUGCUGAUCUAUAAGGCAGGGGAGCUCAUCGGCAACUUUGUGCGAAUCACUGACCAGCUUGGAGAAGAUUUUUUUGCAGUAGACCUGGAGGCUUUUCUGCAGGAGUGUGGUUUGCUUCCUGAAAAAGACCUAGUGCUCCUGACUUCCAUACAUAAUCCGUCUGCAUGUUACAGUGAGGACAGUGACCUGGAAAUAGACUGAACCACUUCUACCGGGAACCAGUAGGUGUAGUUGUACUCUGGGAUGUUCUUGUGCUAGGCAUUCUCUUCCUUCCAUUCUUCCAGCAGUUUUCAUUGCCCAGUGACACUGAUCUUAAAAGUUCUCAUUAUUCCCAAAACCCCAGAGUGAUCCCCACUUCUGGACAGCUCUGGCUGAGCCUGUUUGCCUCUUUAGGAACAUUAUUGCUACCAAAUGCAGCAGCUGCAUGUGGCACUUCCUGCCAGCACCUUUGUCCUUACUGUUUGUUGGUGAUUAUGUUUUUGUUAAGGUGUGUUUAUUUAUUGUCACAGAAUGGUGUGGGUUUGAAAGGGUCUUCUGGAGAUCGAGUCACCUGCCAGAGCAGGUUCAGCUAGAGCAGGUUGCACAGGAUGGCAUCCAGGCAGGUUUUGAGUGACUCUAGAGAUGGAGACCCCACCACUUCUCUGCACAGCCUGUUUCGUGGCUCUGCCACCUUCAAAGUAAAGAAGUUUGUCCUCAUGUUUAGGUGGAACUUCCUGUGCUCAUGUUUGUGCCUGCCACCUCUUACCUUGUCACACUGCACCACUGAAAAACCAGUGGCCUCAUCCUCCUGACACCCACCCUUUAAGUAUUUAUAAGCAUUGAUAAGAUUCCCCCUUAGUCUUUUCUCCAGGCUAAAAAGCCCCAAAUCCCUCAGCCUUUCAUUUGUACUCUGCUUUCUUCCUAAACCUGAUUAAAAUACAGGGAAGUAAUUUUCAAGGUUUCUGUUCCAUUAAUGUUCACCCUGCCUCCAGCAAAGCUGAUGCUACAUAUCUGUGAGAUAACCUGGCCUGUGACAUUAGAAGCCAUUAACAGUUUAUUGCAAAUGCAAGCACAGAACCCUCAGAUGAUGCAGGGUGAGGAAAAAGCUUUACUGGGCAGACUGGUGUGGCUGAGUUGCUUAAGCCAUGUACCUAGUGCAAAUGAGCACAGUGAAUGUGUGUGCUCUGUACUUAGUUAUUAUUGGAGCGUUCUCUACGUGCUUAAUUUGAUACUACAACACGUUUGCUUUCUCACACAUUGCUUACUUUGCCUGUUAUUUUUUAAUUUUGAGGAAAGUAGACUAUCAUUAGCUAAAUAUAUGACCCAGUGUAAUGCCAUGUUUUAUGAUUAAAUAUAAUUGCAAGUUUUAUGUAAGGCACUUCGGAACACCAGGAAGAAAUGCAAAUGUCUCUGUGUAAGCAGUGAGUUCUUGCUAAGAAUGGAUCUUGGAUAGAAAAAGAAGGAUUUGUAAUUGUAUCUGUUUGAACUGUGUUUUAAAAAGUAGUAUAAGCAGAAAAAUAAAGAAUUUGUAAUUAAAAAUUACUGAAUUGGCACAAAUUGUAGCUGGUUUAAGGAAACUGGCAGAAAUCCAGAUUUUACAAUGUGGGAAGAGAUUAUUUCUUUUCAGCUCAGAAUUGCAUUGGAAAAAAAGCCCAUGAAAGUUCCAUGGAAUUAAACCAUUGAGCAUGGAUAUCAGCACAUUUAAAAAUAAAUCAAAGUAGCUGCAAUUUAUAUUCAGGAUGAGAUUCAGUGAAGUCUGUCGUGCAGACAGGGUGCACAUUAGCAUCAUAAUAAAACCUGCUUUGGAGAGAGGGUUGGGGAGAGCUGGUUGCUGGAGCUGCUUUGAAGUUUUAUUUUUAUGUAGUGCUGCUAUUUUUUUUGCCCCUGUGGCAGAACUGUGACAGGAUCAAAUCCUCUCCUGCUGCUUGAUGUCAGAUGGCCUGCAGCAAGGUGACUCCAGUGCUCAGGUCUAUGAUAGAUGGUUUACAGUGCCGGUAGCAAAAAGGAGAAGAAAAAUGGUCUGAAUCCAAUUAAUCAUUGAUCUGGAAGAAUAUAAUAACCACAAGGGAGAAGAGGUGUAGAGAGAUGUGCUAUAACUGUGUCCUUUUUUUGUCCCAUUUUCUAUCUGCUACUUCUCAAGCAUAGGACAAACAUGCAAGCGUGGCCUAGGUGGAGUUGGCUCUUCCUGCAGGUAGUGGCUUCUGGUCAGUGGGUUUUGUGCAUCCCCUUGGUUGCAGACUGGUCUGAUUUGUACUAUACACCCUUCAGAUCAAGAAGGUACAUGUACCAAGUCUAAGCCAUCUCUGAUUUUAAUCUUCAAAAGUACUAUAAAUAGGUGUUGAAAAAACACUUGCAGGUAGAUCAUGUUCUCUCUAGGAAACGUUUUGUUCUGGAAAAAGCAGCCUGCUGAAGAGAGGGCAGCCAGAAACAGUGGGGUUUACAGC